AUGUCUUCAUCGAGUGGGGUCUCUGACCCAGUGCCGGUAGAUUCUGACGACCCGAUGCACUCAGACCCGGAGGUCUACACAUCGGACACGGAGAGUACGGACGAUGAUGGAUUUCUGCCAUUCGCGCUACCAGAUUUCGGUGACGACAUACAGCUAGCUGAUGGCAUUCCAGCCGGGGAUCUACCUCUUGCGGAGAUCCCUGCUCCUAUUCCACUCGCUGCAUUUCCCGGCAAGGAUUUGCCACUUGAUGUAGUGUCAGAUGACGACGUCGAUCUUUUCGAGGGUCUCCCUGAGGACGACCAUGAGGGCGGGGCCCCGAUUGCGGAUGAUGUCGCUCUUCCGUUGGUUGAGAUUCCUGAUAUGGAGGUUCAUUUUGAUUCGUCAGUCUCAGAUUCUUUUGAGUUGGUAGCUUCCUCUAUUCCACCGUUGGGAUUCGGUUUCAUCCCUCGUAUUGACGAUGAUGAGGAUAUAGAGAUGGAGGGCGAGUUUGACCCUGUUUUUCCAUUUGACCACGAUUUAGACCAGGAGGACGAGUUGGUCCUCGAGGAGCAGCCUGCUGAGGCUCCUCCUGCUCCUGUCGAUCCAGAGCCUGAUAUAGUUCCAGAGCACGUCCUUGCUCUUGACCCUGUUCAUGAAGAUGCUCCCGUUUUUGUACCACCAGUUAUUGAUGCUCUUGCCAUACCACCACCAGUCGUGGAGAUUCCAGUCAUGGCACCUCUGCCUGACCCCGUCUUUGCUGAGUUACCAGUCAUUGCGCUAUUAUUUCCCGAUUCAGCCCCUGUGCAUGCUGAUCAUGCACCUUUUGCUACUCACAUAGACCCUCGAUAUGCGGACACCCGUAAUGGGUGGAUCGAGGAGGAUGACUACCCUCCAUAUGUGAUCCCAGUCACUCCCCCUACCGCACCUAUUACUGCACCACUUGAUAUUCCGUUGUUUCCCCCGCACACCAAAGACGUCCAACGUACCGAUCUUCCGAUUACCUUUCUCCAUGACAUUCCUCUGCCACGACCUGGGGAGGGAUCGUCGAGACAGCCUUUUGGUCACAUACCAUUUAUGUCAGGAGAUAGCCAGUUUAUACCACCGAUUUCUUAUCCUGGUUUUGUUCCACCCAUGUCGUCUACUGUACCUGUCAUGUCUCAGUUUCCCCAUACUACUUUACCGUUUACAUCUGCCCCACACACUACUUAUCCAGUUUCAGCUCCGAUGGGCGAGCCAUUUCUAUGGUCAUCACCCCAUGUUAUGCCAUUAUCCGACCCUUAUCACCCAUUUCACGUCGGAUACACUACGAAGGAUAUACUUACGUCACUGCAGCUACAGCAGGAUGCCCUGAGUCGACGUAUUCAGGAGUUGGAGAGAGCUCCACGUCCUCCAUGCCACUGCCAGACCCCGUUAGCAGCACCACACGCUCCUUUUCCAUCACUCCCUGACUCAGAUAUUCGUUUCCUUCCUCUUGACCAGCAGGUUGCUUACCUGUUGUGUUUCGCCUAUGCUCUUGAGGAGGACUUGGUGCAUUUGCGCCGGUUGCUUUUCUCUCACUUUCCACCUCCUCCGCCGCCAUCAGCAUAG